AUGAAAACUUUAGAAGUGUGGAGCGCGGGCGGCGGGGCUGGCGCGUCAGCAUGCGGUAGCGGCGGCAUGGACUUGAAGCACGAGGUGGCAUAUCGCGGCCUACCGAGCCAGGUGAAGGCUGAGCCAGGGGUGAGCCACAACGGGCACCAGGUAAACGGACACGUCCGCGACUGGAUGGCCGGGGGCGCGGGAGGGGGCUCGCCGUCUCCCGGGGCAGCGACGCAGCCCCCCAAUAAUGGAUACUCCUCGCCAUUAUCCUCUAGCAGCUACGGUCCGUACAGCCCUAACGGAAAAAUAGGUUUGGAUCUGAGACCUACUUUCAGAGAUAUUCCUGAAAAACAUGGUGAGGUCACGGGUGGCCGUAGUGGCGCUGUAAUGUAA